UUAUAUCAAAUGAAAUUAGUUCUCCUAUAUCUAUACUAUCCAUAUUCUUAUCUUAUACAAUAGAAUCUGAAAAACUGCACUAUAAUGCGACUGCUCAAAAAAAUUCUUUAGCUAACAAAAUUUUCAAAUCAAUGAAACUAAACAAAAAAUUGAAGCUAAAAAAAAAGAGGCAAAAUUUAAAGAAACAUGCCACUGUACAAGCCAAAAGUCAAGCAAAAAAACAUGAAGCUUUAAAAACCAGAAGGGAAGUUAUUAGAUACAAUUCAUCUGGGUGUUCUUCUUUUCUUCUUCUAAAUCCUGAUCUUCGUAAGCAGAUGCAUUUAUGUAUUGAGUUCGGUACUGCCACCAAAAAAAGGCAGAAAGAAAUUAUUAAAACACCACCAUCCUAUGGCUAUUCAGCAUUAUUGUUUGCAAAUAGUCAAAAUGCAAAACAAUUUGCCAGUGCUUUUGCCUUUUAUUUUGUGAUUAUAUCACAAGAUGAUAAGACAAAAGUUCCACUUGGAAUACCAGCAGUUGGGAGGAUAUUUAUAAUCGUGCAAUCUUCUCAUGAACUAGUUGCAAUACCUGGAAGUAAACAAAAACUAAUACCUUCAGUUUAUCUUACGAUUGAUCCAGAAGGUUUAAAUGACUCAUUAUGUAAUAAAAAUUCUGUUUUAAAUAAUAUGCUAAAAUUGAAAAAUAAAUUCAAACCAAUUCUGGUUUUGCUUGUUGAUGAUGGUCCUGACGAGAACCCCAGGCACUUUAAAAAUAUAAAAGAAUAUAGUAAAUUAUUUAUAAAAUUAAAUUUGGAUUACUUAACUGUCAGAACUUAUGCCCCUGGACAAUCUGUCUACAAUCCUGUAGAGUGUAGCAUGUCUACUCUCUUAGGAAAGUUGGCAGACUAUAUUCAUGGUAAAGAAGUAAUUGUUGAAUAUGUUGAUGAGCAAAUUGACAAUUUUAAUAAAGUUUCAGAUAUACCUUGGGGCUGGAUAGAAAACCAUUGCCAAAUAUCAGCUGCUUUGUUAACUGAGAACAAUGAAUUUUUGCCACUAUCUAUCAAAGACCAAGAUGCAACAGAUGAUUGUAUUCCUAGCUCUUUUUCAAAUAAAGUAGAAAUGUUAGAUAUUUUUAUUCCAUAUUUUUCUGAUAGUGAAUAA